UGAGCCGCGGCAGCAGGGUUGUAACUUCCUUUCCGGGGUUCGCUCGGUCGUAUCGUGACGUGUAUCGCCGAUGAGUUCCUGAAACCAAUCUAGUUGUGUAUUAUGAAGUUAGCUACUCGUACUACCAACGUCAACAAGUGAUUGACGUUACAUAUAUCUAGGCUAAAAAGUCCCGUUUACUUAGUUUUUUACAAGCAAUAAUGCCUCUCGUGGUCGGCGGACAUGGACGGGCUGCUGGCAGUUUGACGCGCGUCUUGUUUCUGCUCGCCGCCGUGUUGUCGUUGACGGUCGGAGUUGCUGCUGUUCCAGAAGAGCAGAAACCAGUUCAAGAGCAACCGCAGGAAGAGAAGGCAUUGAUCUCCCAUACAGCGGUUCCAGUUGUCUCUGAAGAUGGCGCCACCAAAGGAAACCUGGGUUUCAUUCACGCCUUUGUGGCCUCUAUCUCCGUUAUCAUCGUCUCCGAGUUGGGAGACAAGACAUUCUUCAUUGCAGCCAUCAUGGCCAUGCGGUACAACCGUCUCACUGUGCUGACAGGUGCCAUGCUGGCCCUGGGAGUCAUGACUUGUCUCUCAGUGCUCUUUGGCUACGCCACCACCAUCAUCCCAAGAAUCUACACAUACUAUGUGUCCACGGCGCUGUUUGCCAUCUUUGGCAUACGCAUGCUAAGAGAGGGGUUGAAAAUGAGUCCGGACGAAGGCCAGGAGGAGCUGGAGGAGGUGCAGGCAGAGAUCAAGAAAAAAGACGAAGAGCUCCAGAGGUCUAAGCUGACUAAUGGGGCUCCUGAUGUGGAGGCUGGACCAGGCACUGCCCUUCCUCAGAGAAAGUGGCACAGCUUUAUCUCUCCCAUCUUCAUCCAAGCCUUCACCCUCACCUUCCUCGCAGAGUGGGGGGACCGUUCUCAACUGACCACCAUUAUUCUAGCUGCCCGGGAGGAUCCGUUUGGAGUGGCAGUGGGUGGUACACUUGGACACUGCUUGUGUACAGGACUAGCUGUGAUAGGAGGGAGAAUGAUUGCCCAGAAAAUAUCUGUCAGAACAGUUACAAUCAUUGGAGGGAUUGUCUUUCUAGCGUUUGCCCUCUCAGCCCUUUUCAUCAAGCCAGAAACGGGACUGUAGUUGGACAAAAGACGUCUGCCUGUACAUACGUGUAAAAUUUGGAAACGUUGCUGUAGAGGGACUGUAGUUCUGACGUGGUGUGUGUCCUACAGAGACCGUUUCUGCCCCUUUCCUUCACAGAAACCUCUCCUGCCACAGGUCAGCCUUCUUAGAGAAAAGAAUAUUAGGAAACCUCUCCCAGCAGCCUUAAGCUGGACUAUACAGUGAAGUCUAGUGGGCGUCGUAGAUGACUGCUAACAAAAGGAUCAGUGUUUUGUCUUCAUGAGAUGCAGACAUUACUUACAUGCACAUAUAGGCUGGCUUCCAGGGAAGGGGGGGGGGGGGGUGAAGAUCUGCAAAACAAGCAUUCUCACCACCAGGUGUGGGGGAGACGACUUAUUGUUGCCAUCUGGCUCUUUCUCCAUGCUCACCCACCUCAAUUACAUGCAAAGUCCAUUUUAAAAAUUCUUUAAUGCCUUUAAUUGUUGGAAGGAGAUUUUCCUGGUCAUACUUACUAUAACCUCAUGAAUGGGCCUACUUGUGUUUUUUUUUAAGAUGUUCCUUUUCGCACUUCACUUAAAAGCAAAGCUUUUUAGCAAGAUCCUAGUUUUGAGGUCAUGUUAAAAUACUUUUUAUUUUCUAUACUAUCGCUCUGUUUUACUGCUGACAACCUUUUUUUCAGUAUCAUACCUGUGUAGUAUUCGGGGAGCUAUAACACAGCUUGUCUUCAGCUUAUGAACAUCUUUUGGGAAAAAAACACCAGAUUUUUUGUAAGAGCAAUUCACUCACCUAGUUUCAGUUGCUGAUGGUGAAGACCAGUAAGGCCAGUAAGCUAAAGUGUGUGAUUUAAGCCGUUCUUGGUUUGAAAAGCACUGCCCUGCAUAACCGUGAAUGUAAAUAAGACAUCAGGUACAGAUUGAGUGAGUGACACUUGAUGUGAUUUAUCCAAUGCAAACCUGGUUGUAGAAGUCACUCCUUAUGCCAUAAGCAGCUGUGUUGUAGCUACGGUAACAUCACCUAUUUAUUUAGCGUCUGUACUGUACACAAGGGGAGAGAGGUCACUAUAAGCGUCAAAAUAUUUUUUUAUGUGAACAGGCUAAAGCUGCAUUGUCAAUAUUUGACAGGCUCUGUGGCCACAUGUGAAAUAGUUCAGUUUGUGAUACAGGUUGAAUGGAAUGUCUAUAAAUCUGAAAUGCUCAAUAAAAAGGUUUUCUGUGUUGUGAUUUCUAAA